AUGCACAUCACACUGCCCAGGAUCACUUUUAUUUGGCCCGAGUUUAGAAAACUUCGAGAAAUUUUACUCAAUGGUAAAGUCAAGCCUUCGCAAAAAACAGCCUCCGGUAUCUACAUCCCAGAAAAGAACCAGGAGAAGCUUAACAUCGCCAAUGUGAUUGCCGUUGGUCCUGGCAUUACGAACCCGAACGGUGAGGUGACCAAGGUGAGCGUUAAUGCCGGCGACAAAGUUCUUAUCCCACCAUUUGGCGGCGCCAAUGUCAAGGUCGGCAAUGAGGAAUACCUGAUUUUCAGAGACUCUGAUCUGCUAGCCAAGAUCGAAGAGUAA